CCGUGGUGCUAUGGGGCUAUGACACAGUCACCCAUAGGCCCCCACCUCGCUUCUCUCUUCUCUACACUGGGCUCUAGGUCUGGCUUUCCGAUGUUGCCUCAUUUCCUGUGAGGAAAGAGCCAAGCUCUGUCGGCAGCUGCAGGGAUAUCUGCCCACCAUGGCCCCGGUGCUGAUCCUCCAGCUGCUGACCCUCUGGCCCCUGUGUCACACAGACAGCACUCCGUCUGUCCCCCCAGCUUCAUACCCCAAGCCAUGGCUGGGAGCUUGGCCAGCUACGGUUGUGACCCCUGGGGUCAACGUGACCUUGAGGUGCCGGGCACCCCAACCCGCCUGGAGAUUUGCACUUUUCAAGUCUGGAGAGACCGAUCCCCUUCUCCUCCGGGAAGUGUCCUCCGAGCUGGCAGAGUUCUUCCUGGAGGAAGUGACUCCAGCCCAAGGGGGAAGUUACCACUGCUGCUAUGGGAAGCCAGACUGGGGACCCAGUGUCUGGUCCCAGCCCAGCGAUGCCCUGGAGCUGCUGGUGACAGAGGAGCUGCCGCGCCCGUCGCUGGUGGCGCUGCCCGGGUCGGCGGUGGCUCCCGGCGGCCGCGUGACCCUGCGCUGCGCGGGCGGCCUGCGGAACGUGAGCUUCGUGCUGUACCGCGGGGACGUGGCGGCCCCGCUGCAGUACCGCGACUCCGCGCAGCCCUGGGCCGACUUCCCGCUGCCGGGCGCCCGCGCCCCCGGCACCUACAGCUGCUACUACCACACGCCCUCCGCGCCCUACGUGCUGUCCCCGCGCAGCCCGGUGCUGACCGUCCGCGCCCAAGACUCCAGCUCCUCCGACUACACGAGGGAGAACCUGGCCCGGCUGGGGCUGGCCGGUCUGGUCCUCAUCUCCCUGGGCGCGCUGGUCGCUUUUGACUGUCGCAGCCAGAACCACGCACCUGCUGGCGUCCGCCCCUGAGCCCAGGGGCACUGCAACCCCAGAAGACUUCCAACCUGAGUGGCAGAGAAGCCGGGACCCUGGGCUGGACUGUCCUUUCCUGUGGGAGAUGGGUCAGCGUCGGGGGAGAAACUGUAGGGAAAGGAGCAGAGGCCUCCGGAAAAGCGGGAGGCUCUGCACAGCGUAUCUUGAAGGCAGCUGUUCUCGCACCCUGAGGCCGAGGGCCAGGAGUCUUAAGUUUUCAGCCUCCUUUGUUUCAACUUAUCCAGAAACUGCCCUUUCCCACCCCCACCACCCCCGCCUGUGAAGUCCUUGAAAGGGGAACUAUAGAUGUUAAUUCCGCAGACUGUUUGCUCCAGGCUUUGGGCACGGCGCCCGCACUCAAUAAAAGCAAGCUGCUUCUGCUUUUCCGGGCGGGGCAGUCCCUUAGCCGCUGUUAAACUGCAUACCUGUCUCUGAGUGCCCAUUUCAUCCGUCUGGGGACAGACCCGCACUUUCCCGCAGCGGCGGGGCCCUGCGGAA